CAAGCAGUACUUUGAAGAUCACUCCUUGGGGGACAAUGAAUUCUUGCUUUUCAAACAUAAUGGAGAAAUGUCUUUUGAUGUACUGAUUUUUGGAAAAGAUGGUUGCGAGAGAGUUUAUGCUCCUAUUAACAAGCACACUCCAGUACAUGACGAAGCAGACCAGCUUACAGAACUCAAAGAGAAAGACAUCCAGAGAAGGAAAAAAUUAGAGGAAAAGGAGCCUCCCACCCAGAAAAGAAAGGUUUGGAAAAUGGCCGAGUCUUUUACCUCCGAUUUUCCUUACUUCAAGAGAUGCAUGACAAAAUCCCAUGUGGAGAAGGUGUUCAUACUUCGAGUCCCAGCUGUUUUUGCUAAAGAACACCUUCCUCCUCAAGGCAGGGCAAAGAUUGUUGUAAGGAAUUCAGAAGAUAAAUCUUGGGAAGUGAAUUACGUGAGCAAUGGGUGGAACCAUGUCCUUUCUGGAGGGUUCAAAGCCUUUGUACUUGAAAACAAGCUCAAGAUUGGUGAUAUCUGCAUAUUUGAGCUUUUGGGGAAACAAGAAAUCCGAGUCCGUAUUUUCCGCUGACCGAAAUUUGAGUUAACCUGUAAGACAUCAUGUGUUAUCUCUUUGAACAUGAUCAGAUUUCAGUAUUCAUAGAUUGUACUUAUUUUUUCCUUAAUCUAUGCAAGGCCUUUUAGAAGACACUCUCACACACUUUUCAGACAACAUGGAAGAUAGUGUUGAACAGAACCUCCACUUGUGGGCACAAGUUCAAGGCUUUCAAAAUGCUUGUUUGUUUUCCGGGCUAAACCUUUCGUUUGGGCCCGAAUCUUCGGCCCAUGAGUUUAAAUCUCAAGAGCUGGGCUUUAGGCACAUAAAGGUUGACAAACACGGCCCAGACUCCCAUCAUCUUAUGUUGUGAAUGUAGUUGGAAAGCCUUUACGUGACAUUUGGUUCGGGAAAUCUAAUAUUUUCUUGGAUUCACA